AUGACUGAGGAUCAGAAUCACCAUUCAUGUCGAACCAAUUCUUCUGCUCUUGCUCAGCCAACAUUACCGACCACCUUUGAUCACCUCAACCGCAACAUCAAUCCAAAAGACUGUAAUUGA